AUGUUUCCUACUCAACAAAACCUAGAUGACCAUGCAGCGACUGUAAAUUAUGAUCACUUUAUACAUUCAGAUCAGUUCCCAUUUACCACUAAUGACUUAGUAGAGUCAUUGCCAGAUACGGAACGAUAUUACUCUGAUAGUGAUCCAGCUGGUCAAGCACUAUUAUACAAGAAUAACUUAUCCGAUGAUGCGUCCAACAAAAAAUAUAUGAGUAAAUCUGAACGUCGUGCGGAACACAAUGCUCUAGAGCGCGCCCGACGUGAGAGUCUCAAUACAAAAUUCCAAUCCUUAGCGCAGUUACUUCCAAAUCUACUUAAUUAUCGUCGUCCUUCAAAAAGCCAAAUAGUUGAAAAGACCCUUGAAUGGGUAAAGAAAAGUAUUGCAAGGGAUGAACGACAGCGUUAUCAGAUUUUGCAACUACAGCUUGAAAAUAAAAGAUUAAUAUCACAAUGCCUAUUUCAGAAAGAGCAGACAAGGUCUUGUAGUUCACACAUCCAAAACUCAUAUCAGCAACAAGAAAAUACUCCUAUCAUGUGUCACAGUGCAUCCAAUAACAACAACAUCACAUCUGUUGGUUCUCCCACUACAUCCAGCUAUCCUCCCCCCUCCCAAAAUAUAUAUCCUAACGAGUUUAUGAACUUAAAUAACUGGAUUAUCCACCCUCAACUUUUAGACUCUCAAUCGCGAGACUCCGUUUGUUCUUCAUUUGAGGAGAUAGUUCAGCAAAAUUAUAGCCCUCAGAGUGACGAAGACAGCCUAAAUGAGGAUGUUAUUAAUCACCAGUAUUCUUUUAAUUCUACCAAGAAUUCUUACCUUCCAAAUCAGCAAAACAAACACCAUCGACAGUUUAUGGUAUCCGAACUAUACCCUUCAAGAGUAAAUACCACAAAUUAUCAAAGUAAUUUGGCACAAACAAUGAAUGGGAAAAGAGCAGCUCCUAGGAUAAGUGGCGGAUCCGCACAUUUCUAA